GGCUCCCCGGGGCAGCCGGAGCGGGGCCAGCGGGCGGCCCGUGGGGGGGGGAGCGCGGCCAGCGGGAGCCGCCGCAGGCAUCCGGAAGGUUCCGUGCCGGCCACCCCGACCCCUCCUCGCCGCUCUAUAAAUGCGGGCGGCGGCGGCUCCCAGCGGAGUGGAGGGUGCGGGACGAUGCCGGUGUGGCGGGCGCUGCUGUGGGCGGCCCUGGCCCUGGCCCUGGCCCUGGCCCUGGGCUGCAGCGCCGAGGACGGCGCCGGGCGCUGCACCUACUCGUUCACGGUGGCGAGCCCCGAGGACGGGAGCUGCCCCGGCGCCGAGCUGCGCGCCGAGCUAGCGGCGCUCACCGCCCGGCUGAGCCGCCUGGAGGGCCGCGACCCCGCCUGCGCCGAGCUGCUGCGGGACAGGGGCCGCCUGCAGGAGGAGAACGGGCGGCUGGAGCGCGAGAACCGGGAGCUGAGCCGGCGCCUGGAGAGCAGCGCCAGGGAGGCCGCUCGGCUCCGCGCCGCCCGCUGCCCGUCCGGCGCCCCCGGUAAAGCCCCUCGCUGGGACCCGCAGCCCCUCGCCUACCAGGAGCUGCAGUCGGAGAGGACGGAGGUUCCUGCAUCCCGGCUGCUGGAGGAGACGGCGCUCAGCCGCCCGGAAAGCGAGGACUCGGGCUGCGGCGAGCUGGUGUGGGUGGGGGAGCCCGUCGUCUUUGGCCGGGCAGACUCCAUCGCUGGUAAAUAUGGUGUGUGGAUGAAGGACCCUGAGCCCGUGCCCCCCUUCACGCGUGAGACCACCUGGCGUGUGGACGUGGUGGGCACGGAGGUGCGCCAGCUCUUCCAGUAUGAGGCUGCCGAGCAGCUGGCCCAGGGCUACCCUGCCAAGGUGCACAUCCUGCCACAGCCCCUGGAGAGCACCGGGGCUGUCGUGUACCGCGGUGGGCUCUUCUUCCAGCCCCGUCGCUCCCGCACUGUGGCUCGCUAUGACCUGCGGGGAGAGGCGGUGACGGCUGAGAGGGAGAUCCCCGGCGCCGGCUACCAUGGGCAGUACCCUUAUUCCUGGGGGGGCUACACUGACAUCGACCUGGCAGUGGAUGAGACGGGGCUCUGGGUGAUCUACAGCACCGAGAAGGCCAGAGGAGCCAUUGUCCUCUCCAAGCUGAACCCUGAGACGCUGGAGAUCCGGCGCACCUGGGAGACCAACAUUCGCAAGCGGGGGGUGGCCAACUCCUUCGUCAUCUGUGGCACCCUCUACACUGUCAGCAGCUACUCGGCGGCCAAUGCCACGAUCAACUUUGCCUACGACACAACCACCAGCACCAGCAGGGCCCUCAGCAUUCCCUUUGAGAACCGCUUCCGCUACCUCAGCAUGGUGGAUUACAACCCUGCUGAGCGGCAGCUUUUUGCCUGGGACAGCUUCAACAUGGUCACCUACCCCAUCCGCCUCUCCCAUGCGUGAGGUGGGGCCAGGGAUGCGCUGGCUUAGCCCCUUACAUCCCCCACGUGUGCCUCAGCAUCCCGCUUCCCCCCCCAGCUCCCUCCAGCGUGGCUGGGAGCGCCAGCUCAGACAGGCCCAGGCCAUGGUGGGGGCCACGUGCUGACCAGCCACAUUGCGAUGGAGUCCGUAAUGUCUCUGCUGGCUCCUCCAGCAGCACCCCAUUGUGCUCGAGUGCAGCAGAGGGAAAUUAAAUGCUUUUCUAGAGCCUGGUCAAGCUGGUGAAACGCCUCUUCCUGGCCUCAGUGGGUUUCUGAUGGGCCAGAGCAGUAUCCAGACCUGAGCUGCUCCAGUUUCCUCCAGGAGCACCUGGAGCAUGCCCCAGCCUGGCCACCCCAAAUUCAGCGCAGGGAGAGCUCAGGUGUGGCAAAGGCAGAGCAGGGCAGGUGGUGGAAAUGGAGAGAGGCUGCCCUGGAGGGUUCCACCUGAAAAUAAAUGCUUUCUUUGGUUGCAAGCAGCCGUCCUUUCUGCAACUCUGGGGGUUUGUUUCCAGGCUCUGUCUGGGCACAAGUCCCACUGCUGCCCCUCAGCCACCCAGCAGCAUUGGUUUUGGGAAGGCCUCCCCAGCUCAGGCUGGAGAGCAGCAACGGCCCCCCAACAGCAGCACUGCAGGGUAGAGCAUCCCUGCUUAGAGCCUGCAAGCCCUGCUCCAUCCCACACCCGUGGGCAUCCCAGAGCACAGGCGCCUUAAAAAAAAAAAUCAUCCAAGAGAAUCAAAAGCAGCUGGGAACAUGGACACUCACUGCAAAGCCUUGCAUUGAGG